CUAGUGAUCUCCACUGUGUACUUCGUAGUAUUCAAAUAUGGUGGAUGUCAAAGAAGGUGACGAAUACAAGUUCGCUGAUGAGGCUACGAGCGAUGUCCGUGUUUGCUUUAGACGGGUUGGCGAGCAGCCGGAAUGGUUUCCUUGCCACUCGUCUGUCCUUUCAACGGGCAGCAGUUAUUUUGCAGAAUUGCUUGGUCGGAGUGACAUCCGUCCUAAUAAAUGUGUGGAAGUUGAGUGCCCGAGAGUUGAGUAUGGCCAUUAUGUCAAGGUGCUGAAGUUGAUGUAUCUUCGUUGGGAAUCGAUUGUAGAGUCAUUUGACUCUGUUAAGUUAGCUCUUGGCGUUCUUCGGGCAUCGACCUCUCUCAAAUGUAGGUUGAUUAUCGCAGGCUGUGUUGCAUAUCUUGAAUCUGCUUCCUGGGACGAAAAGGAGGAGGAAGAGAUUUUACAAUUAGCUCAGAACCUGGGCCCAGAAGCGGAACCUUUGUUAGUCCGUUUGCAAGCUCCCAGUGAAAGCGCUGUGAAGAAGGUUUUCAUCUCCGCGAUACGUUUUGCUACGUCCAUGGAAAGUUCAUUUGCUCCUUUCUUUGAUGACCUCAAGACUUCUGCCCAAGAGCAAAUUGACUUCAUGCUCCACGACGGUGACGACCCGUCUAUUGUUAUGAUGGAUGAAGGUAUAAGGUCUGUGUUGAGGGAAGGUUUGACAAAACUGUUGUCAACAUUUAUAACUGGAGUAGAUCUCCUGGCCUCGGAGUUUGAUCAAUCCCCUGAACAAGCAGAGAAAAGGAUCCUGCGUAGCUUAGUUGACAUUGACUGGAUAACCAAUGUCCUGACAAGGAUUGAAAUGAUGACCGAGUUUGUUUCUGGCUGGUUAGAAACCUCAGAUCAUGUUAUCUCUGUGGUCCAGGACAAGAAGUAUAGCUCAGGUCUGUGGGCUGUCAAGGUAAAGCUUAUUGAAGUGACAGGAAAGGCCUUGGAUGCUGUUGGCUAUGGCUCUGUUAUUCUCCCGUCAACUUCCAGAGCCCGUCUGCUGAAGGCAUGGCUUCCGUACAUCCGAAUGACAAAGUGCUUGCUUGAUGGUAAGACGAAAGAUGAGGCGUUUCCUCAGAUGGAUGCGGACUUGUGUCAGAAUAUUGAGAGUGCAAUGGUUUCAAUGAUUUUAGCAUUGCCUUCAGGUGAUCAGUCAGAUAUCCUGUCCGAGUGGAUGCUGAAAGCAGACCAGUUCAGAUAUCCUGACCUCACUGAGGCAUUUGAGAUGUGGUGUUAUCGCAGUAAAACAGCAGUUAGAAGGCUGAAGGCAAGGACAGAUAAUGGUGGCAAUUGUAUUAGCUUGUAAGAUUACCCAAUAAUUGAAUCAUUUUGGUGUAGACUGUAAGAGUAAAAUUAGCUGGUUGGUACCAGGUAUAUGUGAACCAAUUUCUCAUUCUUGUAUGUUGUAAACAGUCUGCCCAGGUUAUAUACUACCAGUUCUCUUGUAGUA